GACGCGCCACGCGGGAAGCAGAAAAGAAAAGAAACCACACGUCGUCAACUUGCUCGAUCGCUCCCGCCACCUUCCCACCGAGUCACCAACCAAGCGCAUCGCCGACGCGAGCUCCAAAACCGCAUCCACCCACCCGCGCGCACGCAACCCCGCCCAGAUCCCGCCCCCACGGCAGCGAUGGAAGUGAAGCUCCACGCGGCACGCACCCUCGUCGGCCGCCUGCGCGGCGCGGCGGCCGUGCGGGACGCGACCGCCACGGCCGCCGCCGUCGCCGAGCUCCGCCGCGCCUCCAAGGACGACCCGGAGAUCCGCGCGCCGCUGGCCGACGCGGGCGCCGUGCCCUACCUCGCGUCCCAGCUCACCUCCCCCUCCACGUCCGCCUCCGCCGAGGACGCCGCCGCCGCGCUGCUCAACAUCUCCAUCUCGGCGCGGGAGCAGCUCAUGUCCGCCCCGGGCAUCCUCGACGCGCUCGCGGCCGCCAUGCGGGCCGAGGAGUACGCGGCGGCGCACCACGCCGCCGCCACCGUCGCCAGCCUCCUCUGCGUGGACGCCUACCGCCCCAUCGUCGGCGCGAAGAGGCCCCUCCUCGCGGCCCUCGUCGCCCUCCUCCGCGGCUCCGGGCGGGGCACGCGCGCCACCAAGGACGCCCUCAAGGCGCUCUUCGGCGUCGCGCUCUACCCGCUCAACCGGGCCGCCCUCGUCGAGCUCGGCGCCGUGCGGGCUCUCUUCGCGCUCGUGAUGACGGACGGGCGGACCGGGAUCGUGGAGGACGCCACGGCCGUCGUCGCGCAGGUGGCCGGGUGCGCCGAGAGCCUGGCCGCCUUCGCGGGCGUGUCCGGGGUGCGCAUCCUCGUCGACCUCGUGGAGCCCGGCGGCGCCGCCACCGGGCGGGCCAGGGAGAACGCGGCGUCCGCGCUGCUCAACCUCGUCAUGGCCGGCGGCGAGCGGGCGGCCGCGCAGGUGUUGGCGGUGGGCGGCGCGGAGGAGGCGGUCAGGGAGCUCGCGGAGGACGGCGAGGCCAGCCCCAGGGGGAAGGCCAAGGCCGGGUCCCUGCUGCGCGCGCUGGAGGAGGGCGCCGCCGUCGUCAAGCGGCAGCGGGAGCACCGGUUCGCCGACUUCCUCAACGGGCUCGUGCACUCGGACCCCUACUUCUCGUCGCCGUCGCCGGCGUCGGCCACCGCGCACGACGACGGCUCACGUGUCACGCUUGGUUGACCUCCAUCGUGUCUAAUUUUCCACACGACUACCAUGUCGUAUUGGUUGAUGAGCUUGAUGUAAAUACAACUAGUAGUAUAAUACACUGAUUGGUGAUUGGUGCUUGA